UCGAGGGCAACUGGACGAAUUCUGCUGCUGAGUGUGCUCAGGUCACUCUGACACCGUUGUCAUCAUGUCAGAGAACACAGACGAAAAGACUCCACUAUUGAAGAGAAGACUGACAUCCUCUGAAUCAAAGAUCAACAACUCCAAGCUGUUCCUGGCAGUCUUCUCGGCUGUUCUUGGGAACUUCAGCUUUGGUUUCUCCAUGGUCUUUUCCUCCCCCGUCCUCCCACAGCUCAAAAACGACCCAAAGCUCGGGAUGACGACAAGUCAGGCCGCUUGGUUUGGCUCAAUUUACACGCUGGGCGCCGCGGCCGGCGGGCUGGGGGCGAUGUUGCUGAACGACCUGAUUGGGCGGAAGCUCAGCAUCAUGGUGUCAGCGGUGCCGUCCACUAUUGGAUACAUGCUGAUGGGAGGAGCGAUGAACCUGUGGAUGCUGAACGUGGGACGUUUCCUGACGGGGGUCGCUGGUGGGAUGACGGCAGCAUCCAUUCCUGUUUACAUCUCCGAGAUCUCCCACAGAAAAGUCAGAGGAGCUCUGGGCUCCUGCCCUCAGAUCACGGCUGUGUUCGGUUCCCUGGCUCUGUAUAGUUUAAGUCUGUGUGUGCCGUGGCGGUGGUUAGCGAUCCUGGGGGAGGUGCCGGCGGUGCUGAUGGUGGUGCUGCUGGUCUUUAUGCCCUCCUCUCCCAGGAGGCUCCUCUCCUUGGGCAGAGUGGAGAAGGCUGAGAAAGCCCUCCGUUGGCUGAGGGGCAGUAACUACGACACCUGCAUUGAGAUGAGUGCCAUACAACGCAGCAUCGACACUCAGACCAGAGUCACCCUGUCCCAGCUGGGCAUGCCCGUCUUCUACAAGCCCAUACUGAUCUCUGUGGUGAUGCGUUUCCUGCAGCAGAUGACGGGCAUCACGCCCAUUCUGGUCUACCUGCAGUCCAUCUUUGAUGAGAGUAAAGUCUCAUUUCCAGCCAAAUAUGACGCCGCCCUCGUUGGUGUCGUCCGCCUCGUCUCUGUGGCCAUAGCUGCCUUUUUGAUGGACAAGGCGGGUCGCAAGGCCUUGCUGUACACAUCGAGCAUGCUGAUGUUUCUGUCCACCCUGACUCUGACCAUGAUUUCCCACACUACGCCGUGUCCUCCGGGUCCCACUCCUCCAGAACCUACUCCUUCAAAUCUCACUCUAGGUUUGGACCAUAACAGCUACGAACACGCUCUGCAGGCCGCCGCGAAAGGUUCCGGAAGCAUCAUUCCUCUCAUCAGCACCAUGGUGUUCAUUUUUGGCUAUGCCAUUGGCUGGGGCCCGAUCACAUGGUUACUAAUGUCCGAGGUGUUGCCGCUGGUUGCCCGGGGAGUGGCUUCAGGCCUGUGUGUAAUGGUCAGCUGGUUGACCGCCUUCAUGCUCACACACGCCUUCAAACACAUUCUGGACCAGAAGUUACUGUACGUGUCGUACCUGUGCUUCACCGUGGUGUGUGUUUUCUGCCUGCUGUUCAAUGCCGUGGUCAUCCCAGAGACUCGCGGUCGCUCGCUGGAGGAAAUAGAGAACUACUUCAGGACGGGCCGCACCUUCACCAUCAGACCCAGUCAGUCCUCGGGGCAGACCACCUGAAGCUGCCGGCCCUUCUUAAACAGUAAAGACAUGUUGUGGUCAAAAAGAUACUGUCUUAAAAUACAUAUAUAUAUAUAUAUGU